UUAUUUGAAAUGUAGUCCUUCAAAUUUCAAAUAUAUUUAAUAUCUAUGUACGAUCCUACCAUCUCUUUAAAAAACUCCAUUCAACUUAAUUUUGUAUUCGUAGUAGAGCCAUGCAGCCUCUUAGAUAAACACACCCAUUUACCGUGCUGAAAGUUCUCCAAAGUUCCUCACCCUAACAUUUAAAAAGAUUCUGCACAAAUGGAACAGCCGUCUCACGCCGUCGCCGGAGUAAUCUUUGCCCUUGCCUUCAUUAUCUACCUCCUUUUCAUCAUGUCUAGGAGAUCAGUAGCUCAUCCGAAGAGACUCCCACCAGAACCCGAUGGCGCUUGGCCAGUGAUCGGCCACCUCCAUCUCCUAAAUGCGAGUGAGCCAAUCCACAUAACAUUGGCCAAAAUGGCGGAUGUGUAUGGACCAAUAUUCACUUUCAGAUUCGGUACGAAAAGAGCGUUGAUUGUGAGCAAUUGGGAAAUAGCAAAAGAAUGUUUUACUACAAACGAUAGAAUCUUUGCGUCUCGUCCAAAGCAACUUGCAUCAAAGCUUCUUGCCUAUGACUAUGCUAUGAUGGCGUUCAGCCCUUACAAUCCACACUGGCGCUAUGUACGCAAACUAGCCAUGCUCGGACUCUUCACAAACCAACGCAUCGAGCAGCUUGAACACGUUAGAGUAGUCGAAGUUCAUAGUUGGAUGAAGGAACUUUAUGACUUAUAUUGGCUCAAAAAUAACAAUAACAAAAGUGAGAAAGUUGUGGUGGAAAUGAAGAAAUGGUUUGUAGACAUAACCCUCAACACCAUGUUCAAGAUGGUGAUCGGAAAGCGAUUUUCGACCGCCUUCGACGACCAUGUAAGCCGUGAAAAGUGUCGAAAGGCUUUGGGGGGUUUCUUUGAAUUCUUUAUGAAAUUCAUUCCUUCGGAAUCGUUUUUGUUUUUGAGUUGGUUGGAUUUAGGAGGACAUGAAAAAGCCAUGAAGAAGAGUGCACAAAUAUUAGAUGAGGUGUUUCACAAAUUCCUCCAACAACAUCGAGAGAGGAGAGAUUAUUACAGCAAUGGACAGAUGGAAGAAAAAGACUUCAUGGAUGUAAUGAUUUCUAGUGUUGAAGAUGAUGAUGGAGAACAGCUCAACUACGAUGCUGAUACAAUUAUCAAAGCUACAUGCUUGAAUGUGAUAUUAGGUGGAUUUGAUACUACAGCAGUUACAAUGUCAUGGGCUCUUUCGUUACUUCUCAACAAUGAAAAUGCACUAAAGAAGGCUCAACAUGAAUUAGACGAACAAGUUGGGAGAGAAAGACAAGUGAAAGAGACAGAUUUAAAGAAUCUACCUUAUCUCCAAGCUAUUGUGAAGGAAACUCUAAGAUUACACCCACCUGGGCCACUCUUAGUCCCUCGUGAAUCAAUAGAAGAUUGUACAAUUGGUAGCUACCACAUUCCGAAAGGAACCCGCCUCAUUGUCAAUGCUCAAAAACUCCAAAAAGACCCACAUGUUUGGGAUGAUCCAUGUGAAUUUCGACCAGAAAGAUUUAUAACAAACCAAAAGAAUUUUGAUGUUAGAGGACAAAAUCCUCAAUUGAUACCAUUUGGAAACGGUCGAAGGAUAUGCCCUGCCAUCUCGUUCGCCCUUCAAAUGAUACAUCUUACGCUAGCCAACUUGCUACAUGGGUUCAAAAUUGGUAGACCAUCACAAGAACUUGUCGACAUGGAAGAGAGUUGUGGAUUGGCUAGUGGUAGAAAAGCUCCACUCAAAGUUGUUUUAACUCCACAACUACCCGCUUAUGCUUAUGAGUAAUAAUUUUGCCAUCAAAUUGUAGAACAGGUGUGUGACUCUUUCAAGAGUACAAAUGCGCUACUGAUUUCAUGAAUUACAUGAUCAUCAAUUUUGUAUUAUUUUUUUUUCAAUGUAUCGUGGAUAGCGAUGAACUACAUGAUCAUUUACCAUAGGGUUCUUCAAAAUCAUAGUUUAUCGUGAACUACAUGAUCGUGUAUCAUAAACUACACAUGGUCAUGUAUCAUAAUCUACGUGAUCGUUUACUA